UUGUCUUCAGUCUCUGUCUCUCUCCGUCCAUGCAGAUUGGGUAUGCAACACGACGGCGAGGCGAAUGACUGCGGUGACGACGUGCCUUUGGGCAGCAUCAUGUCUCCGCAGGUUCAGGCCACCUUCCACCGUUACCACUGGUCGAGGUGCAGCUGGAGGGAGCUGCACAAGUACCUGCACACGUACGACUGUCUGCGUGACGACCCGUUCAACCACAACUGGCCGGCUCAGCCUCAGCUGCCGGGCUUCCAGUACUCCAUGGACCAACAGUGCCGCUUCGACUUUGGACCAGGAUACAGUCUCUGUACCGCAUACACGAACAUCGACCCCUGCAAACAGCUGUGGUGCAGCGACUACAACAACCCGUUCUACUGUAAGACCAAGAAAGGCCCGCCCCUCGACGGGACCAAGUGUGGGCCGGGGAAGCAUUGUUUCAGAGGUUACUGCAUGAAGCUGACCCCUAACCUUCUGAGACAAGAUGGCGGCUGGGGGUCGUGGAGUCCAUAUGGCAGCUGCUCCCGGACAUGUGGGGGCGGGGUCAGGUUUCGGACCCGACAUUGUGACAACCCAAUUCCGGCCAACGGGGGGCGCACCUGCUUUGGAAACACCUACGAGUUCCAGCUGUGCAGCCAAGAGAACUGCCCCCCACUGACAGACUUCAGGGAGGAUCAGUGCAAAGUCUGGAACCCUGUUUUUGAACACGAGGGGCGGAAACACCACUGGCUGCCGUACCAACACCCUGACCCUGACGAGCGCUGCCGUCUGUACUGUCAGUCGAAAGAGACGGCGGCCGCAGUGUCAAUGAAAAGAAUGGUGCAUGAUGGGACGCCAUGUUCCUAUGACGACGUCUACAGUGUCUGCGUCCGAGGAGAGUGUGAGCACGUUGGCUGCGAUGGUCAGAUUGCUUCAGACAAGCAGGAGGACCGAUGUGGAGUGUGUGGAGGAGAUAACUCCAGCUGUAAGAUCGUCAAAGGAAACUUCACCCGCAGCACCAAGAAACAAGGUUACCUGAAGAUCCUGGAGAUCCCCAAAGGAGCUCGACACCUGCUGAUCCAGGAGUUCAAGGGGACUCCUCACAUCCUGGCCAUGAAGAACCAGGACACAGGUCAUCUCUUCCUCAAUGACGAACACGAGCUCCCAGAAUCCAGAGUGGUGAUUGAAAAGGGCGUGGCCUGGGAGUACAGGAACACUGAAGAGGAAGAGGAGGAGUCUAUCCAAACCACCGGGCCGCUGAAGUAUGGAGUCGUGCUCAUGGUCCGUUCUCAUGGCGACUCAAAGGUGACGGUGUCCUAUAAGUACAUCAUCCAGGAUCGCCUGCGGUCCUCGCUGGAGUCCAACUUGGUGCAGGAGGACGCCAUCUUCUACGAGUGGGCCCUGAAGAAGUGGUCGCACUGCUCCAAACCCUGUGGAGGAGGAAAACAGUACACCAGGUUCGGCUGCAGGAGGAAGGCUGAUGGGAAAAUGGUUCAGAGGAUGUUCUGCUCCAAUAUCAGCAAACCGAGAGCCAUCAGCCGCAGCUGUAACCCCGAGGCCUGCAGCCCGGCACGCUGGGUGACCGGAGACUGGGAGGACUGCAGCUCCUCCUGCGGUCAGACUGGGUGGCAGCGUCGCUGGGUGAGCUGCCUGCAGAACUCCUCCAGGGGGCAGCAGCGGCGCUCUGUGCAUAGCAGGCUCUGCGGCGAUGACCGACCAGAGACUAAACAACCCUGUAACCGCUUCCCCUGCCCCGCUGUGUGGAGAGCCGGGCCCUGGACUCCGUGUUCGGUCUCGUGUGGGAACGGGACUCAGGAGCGUCAGGUCGCGUGCUCCAAUCCCGAGAGUUCAGCUGGAAACUGCAGCGAGCCUCGGCCAAUUACGACACGCACCUGCCUGGCUCCGCCCUGCAGUGGUGACCAGAAGAAUGCCAUCAUUCAGUGGCUGUCCAGGUCCAACCCCAGCUUCCCGGCUCCAAAGAUCUCUUCAAGGCAGCCGUGCCGCGGCGACCGCUCGGCGUUCUGUCGAAUGGAGGUGCUGAGUCGGUACUGCUCUAUCAUCGGAUACCGCCAGAUGUGCUGCAAGUCCUGUAGUGAGGAUAACUUCAACAAUGCCACAAAAUCCAGAAUCUCCAGCAACUUCAGUGGCACCAUCACACCGACGGAGAACAGCAGUUCUUGGAGGUUGACCACAGAGAUCAUGACGUCAGCGCUCACCUCCACCUGGUCCGACAGCAGCCGUGCCAUCAGUGAUGUCUUUCGUGACAUCAUCACCACCACCCCGACGCGCAGCUUCACUGUAACUCCACCCCCAACCAGACGGAGCACCGGUGACUUUGUCUACGUGGAUUAUGAUGAGUACAGCGAGUACUCUUCCUACGAGGAUUCCUCCGGCCUGAAUGAGCUUCCGGGUACUCCAACCACCACUGACAGUAAUACUAUUACCACACAAACUGCUCCAACACAUGUGUUCAGGAAGAAUUCUCCCACAAUACCCCCUGCUGCAGUUACCAUGGAGACUGUUGACACUGAAGACCAAACGCCGGCGCUGGUUUGGACUUCUGCCAUCCCAGAGUUCUCCACCACAUCAUCGCCUGAUCCUGGUGACAACACCACAUCCUCAGGAGGGCGGAGCCUCCAAAGUCAAGUCAACCUGACCGAAGCUGAACUGGCGCUACCUUCAUCGUCCUUCUUCUCGCUAUCAAAGAAAGAGAACAACUCGGUGGACGAGGUCCAGUACCAGAUCGUCGGACUUGACAGCGACGUUAGCCGAGGACAGCAGAAUUACUUUGUGCCGCGGAUGCCUCAGGUCCACGAGCGAACGCAUAACAAACGCAUCCAGCAGCUCCUGAACGAGAAACGACGGCAGGACCUUUUGCGGCGGCAAAGCCGCAUCAGAGCGAGCCGGACUGACAGGAAGCACUGAGCGCAGAUUUCCCCUGGCCAUUUGCUCGUCCCGACACGUGCAACGUCGCACUUCCUGCUAACGCUAAUGAGAAACAGACUGAAACAACCUCCACCUGUGCUCGGAGCGGCCUUCGUCCACGAGAGGCGCGAGCGUGGACUCGAUCCUCAGAAGGCCCCGGGUCUGUUUCACCAUCAUGAUGUUUGUACCAAUAAUCCUGUUUCUGAAUAAAGUCUCAUCCAGCUGCUGCUGUGCCUCUGAAUCAUGAACAUCUGGAUCACGUUCACGCUUUCUGGUGUCAGGAACAUUUUGUGCUUUUGUCUUCUCUGAAACCCGACUAAUGAUUUCUGUUUGUGAAGUCAAAAUAAAAUCCAGCCCUGUUUUUACCAUGAAA